AUGGAGCUACUACUCUCUGACGAAGUUUUGGCCGUCCUUGUGCCCAUCGUGGUGUACUGGGCGUAUUGUGGCCUGCAUGCAACGCUUGGCCAGUCCAUGUACAUGGACAAAUACAGGCUGCACCCAAGCAGCCAUGAAGAUAGCAAGAACCGUGUGUCGAAGCGACAGGUUAUCAGCAACGUCCUCAAGCAGCAGCUCGUGCAGGUUGCCAUGGUGGCCAUGGUGAUGAUGUUCAAGGUCAAAGAAGAGAGCGCCAUCAGUACGAAGACCUCCUAUCUGAAGUUAGCCUGCCAAAUCGCGGUGGCCAUGGUCUGGUUCGACGUGUGGCAGUAUGCAUGCCACCGGAUCAUGCACACCAGCAGGUUCCUCUAUCGGAACCUCCACUCGUGGCACCACCGUCUCGUGGUGCCCUACUCCUUCGGAGCCUUGUACGGACACCCCGUCGAGGGCUUCGUCGCUGACACCAUCGGUGGCACGGCCGCCUUCCUGGUGUCCGGCAUGUCGCCGAGGGCUUCCAUCUUCUUCUUCUCGCUCUGCACCGUCAAGGUCAUUGACAACCACUGCGGCCUGUCUCUGCUGCCCAACUGGGAUCGCCUGAGCUUCUGGAACAGCGCGGCGUACCACGACGUGCACCACCAACUGCGUGGUGGCAAGUACAACUACUCUCAGCUCUUCUUCGUGGUGUGGGACAGGAUUUUUGGGACGUACAUGCCCUUCCUCAUCGAGGACAAAGGAGAAGGAAUGCUCCAGGCCCCAUUGGUAAUCUAUCUCGAUAUGCAAGAUGUCCACCUCAACAGUCCAAUAUCACAUAUAAUUAAAGCCCAACAACACAUGCAUUUAUGA